UCAGCCUCGACCUUGCUUUGUUCAAGGGAUAAGGUGAGAAGGCAUUCGCUAUGAAAGCCUUCGGCGGAAAGCAAGAUGGGAAUGCGUUUAGGAUGCAAUUGCCCAUUGAAUUCCUCAGCAAGACCAACGGGUAUAGGAAAAGUGGUCAAUUCUCGACGGUCGCCGCUGGUCACCAGCUCACAUUACCUCUAGUCCCGUUCGACGCCCAUGUCGAGAGCCUCGCAGGCUUGUCAACGUGCUCAAGCGAUCGGCGACAGGUUGUGUCGACACCGCAACAACAUGUCGCCGGGAAGGAGAAAGUCAUUACUUACCGGAGGCGUUUGGGCGGUGGGUCAUCGCGAAACCUUCCGAAGAGCAAGGUGCUCGCCAGACCUCCUUUGGAUCUUCCAGGAAGCUCUCGUGCUGGUGCCAGCUCGCGCUCGUGGGACACCGCUAAACGUCGAAUCGACGAGGAGUCAGACGAAGAUACGGAGGAAGACGAACGAGUUCGCCAAUGGCAUUCACAGUUGGUAGCGACGCCUGGGCACAUCCAGGGCGAAGGCUCUUGCGAUGUGAAUGUGGGGCGGGAAGCUGGUGGAGGUGCCGAUGGAGAAUACGACGAGGAUGAAGGGGAGUGUGGUAGUGGAGAGCAACGAGAACAGGUUGGAGAAGCGGUGGACCAUAUGGAGUGGGAAAAGGUUGCGGCGAGUGGUGAGGUGGGCGGUGGCAGUGUGGGUGGAUUGGAAAUGAAAGACGAGGAAUUGGAAGACGAAGGAGGAGAUGUCGGUGUUCCCGCGGGGCUGACUUCUAAGGGGAGGGGAAAACGCACAGCGCAAUCGUCGUCGACGCACGCUGCGCCUAAGAAGCAAGCUCGAAGGAAAGUUGUGGACGAAGCUCGGGUCGCCUUGGAUGCAACUCAAGGGACGCUUCGUGGAGCCGAUGUGAAAUACAAAUCAAGUGCUCGGAUUCGCAGAACGUCACAACCUAAGAAGCCCGUGCGACCAUCAAGGCGCCAGAAAUCGGACGACUUCAGCGACGACGCUGAAGGGGUGCCCCUCGCUUGCUCUCCCUCCUUGACGACGACGAGAAGGAGAUAAAGAAACCCAGUGCGGUCAACACGACGCAGUGCUUCUUCCUCGAGUACGAUGAGGACGGCAAAAAGAGAAGAGACCCGCCGAGGGUGGUCAUUGACAUCG